GGCGUGUUCGUUCAUUAUCUGGCUCGGCUCGGUGUUCAUCUUCAGUUCUCUCUUCACAGCAGUUCAGUCGGUGUACUGUUUGAGUAAAUGAAUUACUCCGGGAUAUUGGUUUAUUCUGACUCAGAGGGAGUGUCAGUCACGUUAAAAAAGUUAACAGCUUAAGUAAUUUGUGGAUUAAUGCUUAUUGGAGAAGUGAACCGUUUCAAAAGAUUCAGUUCGAUUUGGUGAACUGGUUCAACCGGUUCACUAAGAAGAACCGGUUAAAUUGAACGAUUCGUUCACGAAUCGGCCAUCACUUCUUUCUUGUCAGAUAAGAGGUGAGGUGAGCUAAUCACAGACUGAAGACACAGUAUGGAGUCAGUGGGAGUGAAUCUGAUUGAAACAGCUGCUCUUGGGAGACCGUUCCAGCUCGGCAUGCUGUAUGACUGCAGAAAAGAUGAGUUAAUAGCAGGAAUCAGAUUUUGGAAUAAAGAACAGCUGGAGCAGAAUAUUUGUGCUCGUCCCCAGAUUAAUACAAAUUUCACUGUCACAGCUUCAGACUCCAUUAAAGACAAAUCUAAGUUACUAAAUAUUGAAGGAGCACUGAACCUGAGUGUUUUAGGUGGACUCGUCCAGGUUCGUGGAGCAGCAAAGUAUCUCAAAGACACCAAGACGUCUUUCAUCCAGCAGAGACUGACGCUACAUUAUCAUUCAUCCUGCGAGUUUAAAGAACUGACCGUGAAUCAGCUGCCUCCUGAAAACAUUCCUGAUGAUGAUAAUGCCACACAUGUAGUAACAGGAAUCCUGUAUGGAGCAGAUGCCUGCUUUGUGUUUGACAGACAAGUUUCUUCAGAUGAGGAGAAAAGAACAGUAAAAGGAGAAGUUAAAAUGGCUGUGGAGAAACUGAUGGAUAUCAUUUCUGCAAAUGCAAAUGCAAAUGCUGACCUGGACAUGAAUGACAUCGAGAAUACUGAAUUCAAAAACUUCACUUGUACGUUUUAUGGUGACUUCCAGCUGCCGUCUAACCCAACCACUUUUGAAGAUGCGAUGAAGGUUUUUGCUGAUCUUCCAAAUCUUCUGAAAGAUAACCAAAAGCUGGCGGUUCCUCUGAGAGUUUGGCUUUAUCCUCUUCACAAACUUCACUCAAGAGCUUCAAAACUUCAGAAAGACAUCAGCAUGGAUCUAAUCCAAGAAACUGAAUCAGUGAUUGAGAGUUUAAAUACAGCUGAGAUGAAAUGCAGUGAUCUUCUUGAAGACUCUCCUGCUGCAGCUUUUGCUGCAUUUCAUGAUAAAAUACAGCAAAUGAAGCAGAACUGCUACAAGUACAAGUUGAGACUCAUGAAGAAGCUCUGCUCUGUGCUGCCAAACAUCCGUGGAGACGUGAUGAAGGAAACAACACUGAAUGAUCUUCUUCAAGAACACGAAGAAUCUCCAUUCAAUGAUAGAGACCUCACAGAAUGGCUGAAGGAGAGAGAAAGAGAGUCUGAGAUCAUUAAAUCAGUCCUCAGACAGCUGGAGGAUUACGGUGCACAGGUGGAAGACAACAUAGAUGCCAUCAUGAUGGAUCUGGAGGUCGGGAAUCUGGUCAGUUACACGUUCACAUCUCUGGACUGCUCAGACAUCAUCCUUCAGAAACAAAAGAUCUAUCUGAAUUCUUCAACAAAAGAAGAAAAGGUAGAGAUAAGCCCUGAUAUCAAGCAAAAGUCUUGGCUCACUGCCAAGAUCCAGAAGACCAUGAGGAGAAACUUGGAGAUAUUUAAGAGCUUGAUUGAUUCAAAGGACUGUAAACCUGCAAAGUUUAUCAUGUCCUCCAAAGAAAUGGUGAAUAAUCCUGGUUCCUGUAUUCUGCUGUAUGAAAGUGAAUGUGAAGACGCUGUGUGCUUUACUCCUCCAUCCAAACCAGUCUGUCCAGUCACUUUAGAGGUCAAAGGUCAGAGUGUGGUCCUGAAGGUGGUUCCUCCAUCAUGUCCUGCUACAGUGGAGCUCAGAUUACUGUAUAAAGUGAAGCAGGACUCAGUCUGGAGAUCUGAAGCUGUGCUGAAGGAUCAACACACAGUUACUCUGACUGAUCUGAGAUCAAGAGCUGAGUAUGAGAUCAAGUGUGCAGCGCUGGGGAAGCUCAACUACACCAGAGAGAGCGACGUGAUCACAGUCAACACACAGAGCGAUAUGAGGAGCAGUGCAGAGAUGGAGAAAGGACAGAAAAUGACAACUAGACCUGGGGUUGCACAUGAUAUAAAGAACAACUUGAGCAGAAAAAUAGAAGGUGGAAGCAAUGAAAACCUACCCUUGUUUAAACUCAAUCUGGAUGAAACAUGGCAGAACAGUGAUGGAUUCUGCAGAAGAAGCACAUUUGGGAAAAACAUCACAAAAGAGAACAAGACCAUUAUAAUGAUCGGAGCCACAGGUGCAGGAAAAACCACUCUGAUUAACAGCAUGAUCAACUACAUUAUGGGAGUGGAGUGGGAAGAUGACUUUCGGUUUGUGCUGAUAGAUGAAGGAAAGCAGAAAUCUCAGGCUGAAAGUCAGACAUCAGAGAUCACAGCAUACCAGAUUAAUUAUAUGGAUGGUUUCCGGGUCCCAUAUUCUUUGACCAUUGUGGACACACCAAGCUUUGGUGACACCAGAGGAAUCUCACAUGACCAGAAAAUCACAGCACAGAUUCAGGAGUUCUUCUCUGCACGUGGAGGGAUCGACUGCAUUGAUGCUGUGUGUUUUGUAGUGCAGACUUCAUUUGCCCGUCUAACAGACACACAGAACUAUAUCUUUGACUCCAUUCUUUCCAUAUUUGGGAAGGACAUUGCUCAGAACAUCCUUGUGCUGGUCACCUUUGCAGAUGGGAAAAGACCUCCUGUUCUCGAGGCCAUCAAAGUCGCUGAUGUGCCCUGCUCUACCACUGAGUCUGGAGAUCCUCUACACUUCAAGUUCAACAACUCUGCUCUGUUUUCCCCCAAUAACAGAUCUGAAGAUGACGAGGAGUCUGACUGUGAAAACUUUGAUGAAAUGUUCUGGAAGUUGGGUUUUUCCAGCAUGAAGAAAUUCUUCACAUCCCUUAUAACAAUGAAAACCCAGAGCCUGUCUCUCACACAGAAGGUAUUAAAAGAGCGUCAGCAGCUAGAAGUGUAUUUGCAGGGUCUCCAGCCCCAUAUCAUUGCUGGUCUGAAAAAACUGGAUGAAAUCAAGAAGAGAAGAGCUGCUUUGGAGCAGCACAAGGCUGAGAUGGCUGCAAAAAAGGAUUUUGAAUUUGAAUUAGAAGUAACUGUCCCAAAACAGAUUGAAAACAAAACUAGCUACUACUUAACCAACUGCCAAAAAUGUCACUUCACAUGUUAUGAUAAAUGUGAAUAUGCAAAUGACGGUGAUAAAUAUAAGUGCAUAGUUUUUAAAGAUGGAAAGUGCACUGUCUGUCCAGGAAAGUGUGUCUGGAAUGUGCACUUUAAUCAGAAGUACAAAUGGGAUUAUGUCACAGAAAAGAGAAAGGAAACUUAUCAGGAUUUAAAAAAGCGAUUUGAGGAUGCGCAUGGACAGGUCAUGUCAAAAGAAAAGAUCUUGGAAGAGCUUGAAAAGGAGUUUCAGGUUGUCCAGGAUAUUGUGACUGAACUAAUAGAGAAAUCUCAAAAGUCCUUGGAGCAGCUUCAGGAAAUUGCCCUCAAACCCAAUCCUCUGUCGACCCCCGACUACAUUGAUCUGAUGAUUGAGUCUGAGAAACAAGAGGCUAAGCCUGGAUUUCAAGAUCGCAUUCAGUCUUUAAGAGAAGUCAGGGAGAAGGCAGAGAUCAUCAGUAAGGUUUCCACAGGAAGAGUGCUUCUAGAUGAUUGGAAGGAUUACAAACCUGAAAUAAGAAAAAGAGAAAGAUCCUUUAAUUCAAGGUUCCUGUUCAAUAAUGUAAAGGAUUAAAUUCCGGAAAAAAAAUAAGCAGGAAAUGAAAUAUAAUACAAAUCAAUAAAAUACAAAUUUGAUUUCUAAAAAACAUUUAAAACAACUGCAUUUGAUCAAAGUGCUUUCCAACAUCAUUAAUGACAAAACAAUUACAUACAGUCAGACAAA